AACCCCGAAUAGUUCGGCACUGGGAUGAAAGAAGACUCAGGGACUGUCGCUGAUGAAUUCGUUGUCAUUCCACUGGUGGAUCGUUUUGUGAGAAGCAUUUAUUCCAAGUUUAAGUCUCUCGAAGUUAUUAAACGAAAGGAUCUUCCCAAACGAUUUAAUAUAUUAGAUCAAUUUAUUAUUUGAUUUUUAAAAUUUAAUAUAUAUCAAAACAACAACAACAACAACAAUAACAAUAACAACAGGAAGAACAAAUUUUGGAUAAAUAUGUCGCUUGGAAUAUUUUUCAUUUUAACUUCAUUCCUGUCUUUCGUUUCGGGAAAUAUGGUAAAUCUUACGAAUAAUGGUUUAAAGAAAGAAGAUUUCUUUUUGAAGAUACAAACGAUGAUAUCAUUAAGCGAAGUGACGGAUCUGAUAUUACGUCAAAAUCAAUUCGACAGUUUUUUAGAUUGUUCAACGAAUUUGAGUUCAUUGAAAACGUUGGAUCUAUCUCAAAAUCAUUUACAACGUUUUUUCUUUCUCUGUAAAGACGAAUACAAUCUUCAGGUGUUAAAUGUCAGUCAUAACAAGUUGGAAUACAUCGAUGACAAUGCGUUAAAUAACAGAAUACCAAAAUUAAAAAUAUUGGAUUUAUCAUCUAACAAACUUUCUAUCGUCAAUGAGACCAUGUUGGAACAUUUAAAGAUUUUAGAAUUUCUUUCGUUAGCUGACAAUCCAAUUGGCGAUGGAAUACACGAAAAUGCAUUUUGGCCAUUGACCAAAUUGAAACAUCUCGAUUUAAAAAACAUUUCGUGUACAUUCUUUUCCGCGGAACUUUUUAAAAGUCUAACAAAUCUUUCAACAUUGGAUUUAUCAUGGAACCCGAUAAGUACGAUUCCAUUGUUACCGAUAAACUUAGAAAAAUUGGAUAUAUCAGGAACGCAGAUAUUUCUAUUGGGUGGAUUAUAUUUGCCACGUUUGAGAGAAUUACAAAUGAACAAUAUGCCAAAUUUGACAAGAGUUGCGUUAAAUGAUUUAGAAAAUUUAACGAGUUUGGAGAUAUUAUCGUUGAUCGGUUGUAGAAAUUUAGUUCAAUUUACGGUUUGGCCUUACCGUGGUACUUUAUUACCAAGAUUGCAACGUUUAUCGAUAGAUGAUUGUGCUUUGGAAACAUUGGAAUAUGAUCUUCGUUUGAUAUUACAAAGAACAGCGGUUGUAAGUCUACGGGAUAAUCCUUGGAAAUGUGAUUGUAGAAUGCAAUGGGUUAAUAUUAAUAAUUCUUCGAAAGAAUUAAACACGGAGAUAAGGUGUUCCAUGCCAGAUAAACAUCGUAGUAAACUUCUCAAAGAAAUUCCAAUUUACGAAUUAGAAUGCGACUCGAUGUCAACCAUUUUUUAUCCAAUUUUAUGGACUUGUAUAACAUUACUGAUACUAAUAAUUAUUCUUCUAAGUGUUUUCUUCAUCGUUAAAAGACAAGGUGGACAAUGGACUGUUCGAAGACGAAAUCAGGAUACCGUUACGUAUACAAACGUUGUAGAAUCUUCAAAUGAUUUGAUAAGAAUAUUAACUGUUAGUGAUAAUCACGAUCGUAAUGACGAAUGAAGGAAAUAAAGAAAGAAAUUACAACAACAACAACAACAACAACUAAUUACGAAUUUAAAUAACAACA